UUUGUCUUGCUUCAAUAUCGUCGUUUGGUUUUGAUUUCAAGUUCCGUAUUUCCGUGAGUAAAAAAUUUGUUUAAAAAAAAUUAAAAGCCAAACGCAGUGUAAGCCAUGUGUACAGCUCACAACGUUUAGCCUUUCGUCUUUGCUUCAAUAUCGUCGUUUGGUUUUGAGUUCAAGUUCCGUAUUUCCGUGAGUAAAUAAAUUGUUUAAAAAAAAUUAAAAGCCAAACGCAGUGUGAGCCAUGUGUACAGCUACAAUUCCUACAGAACUUCUACGGAAUGUCCACGGAAUUUCUAUGGAACUUCUACGGAAUUUCAACGGAACUUCCACGGAAUUUCAACGGAUCUUUUGUGGAACUUCUACGGAACGAGAGUCAAGCGCAAUAAGGGCACACUAUAUAAACGCCAUCUAUUAAUAACCGACUAACCACAAUGUAAAUCAAACGUAUCUGUUUCCCCUUUUUAUUUACUCCCUUCUCCUCUCGCUAUACGUUUACAUUGUAGUUAGCCUGUUUUACAAAGAUGUCGUUUCUGUGUAAGAUGUGUGACGUCACAAUGUAUUUAUAUGGAUAGCGCUCGACUCUCGCUACGGAAAUGGAACGGAGACUCCGCGGAAACGGAACGGAACGGAUUCGAUGUUGGUUGAUUUUAUAUUAAAUCUACCAAAAUUGAAUUAAAAUUACCACAUUUUUUCUCUCUGUGCGGGGGUAAAUUUUGAAAAAUCAAACGGGGUCGAUAAAAAUACGAGAGAUAAACACAAUAAGGAUAGAUUAUAUAAACGCCAUCUGAUAUUAACCGGCGAGCAGAUGGAACUAAGAAUAAUUGAAUUUCAUUGAUAGCCGAAAUGAAGAAAAGACAAAAAACCAUAAGAAAGAUAAUGUAAUUAAAGUAUCAAAUUGCAUCGAAUAAUAUUACUUUUUCUUACUUUCAAGAAAAUUUUACACAUUUUUGACAGCCAAUUCCCAAUUUUUGACAGCCAAAUUUUCCUAUUUCUGACAGCCAAUUCCCGAUUUGUCACAACCAAACGCACCAUUUUUGACAGCCAUUUCCCUAUUUUUUGGGGGUCAAUUCCCCAUUUUUGUCAGCCAAUUUCCCAUUCUUAUACACCAAAACCAUUUUACCUAAAAUUAAUUCUAUUCUUUUCUCCCCUUAGGUAUUUGGAAUUAAAUGCAAACUACUACAAGGCUACGUAUUAUUUGGUCCAAAUCAGUUUCAAACAAAGCAAUGAAUUGAAGUGCCGAUCAUUGUUAUUACAAUUACCGCGUAAAAGCAACGAACAAGAUAAGAAAAUGAGCCUCUUUGACAUUCAUCGAAGUCGUAAUCUAUUCAAAGUAAAGGAGUCCAUGCAAUUGAAAGCCGUUCAUAAUUUAGGAUCAUUCAACAAAUACAUGGAAAAGUGUUUGAACCUUUUGAACAAAUACCUUGAAAUCACACCGAAUUGGUACUCACAAUUGGUACUUGUUCUUCAAUUUAAUAAAGUUACCAGAAAUCGUGCAUGUUUGCAUCUAAAAUUACAUCAAAAGCAACGUUUGUACACGGUCAUUUUUAUGAAUUUCAUUCGAAUUGCUAACAGUCAUUUGCGUCAAUUUAGUCAAAAUACAGCCAAAUCAAAGUCUUUUCUUAACUUCUUAAUGAAAAUUUAUGAGUUGUAUGGAAUUUUGAAUUCAGAUUAUAUUGAAUCCAUGCACAUUAAUGCUUAUUCGAAAUUGUUGAUUGAAUGUUAUCGUUUAUGUGCUAAUGGUGCCGCUACUAAGCACAUGACUGGCAAAUCAAACAACGAUGAAUUUCAAAAAGCACUGGAUUUUUGUGCCAUAGAAUCAAAAAAAAUAACAAAGAAACCGCCAACUAAGGCAAACCAAGCGGACAAAAACAAUCCUGCAACAUCAUCAAACACGGAUGAAAUGGUAAACCCAAAAAAACUCAAAUCAAAAUAAGAGGAGAAAACCACUUUUUUAUGAAUUGAUAAUUUAAUAUAUUCUUUAUAAUGUAAAUAUUAUUAUUGUCGAACGAACGUUAAAAUAUUUUAAUAAUGAUUCAGAAGUAAAAUAAAAAAAU